AAAAAAAAUCACAGAUUUAAAGAAAACAAACAACACCAAGAUAUAAUAAUAGUUAAAACUAUGCCCCAUAUAUAGACACAAGCAAAACAUAAAUAGUACAUAAUCGCACUACGAUCGAGAGCAAAACCAAAACGCAGUUGGAUAAAAGGAGAGCAGAGCAAGCAAGCAAGAAGAAGCAAGCAGUGAUAAUUAUACGCAAAACCCAGAUAAAUCCAAGGAAUAUUUGAAUGCGCGACUUGUCGAUGCCCAGUGGACGCAAAGCAAAGUCCAAAUCAGAGUCGGAGUGCGAGGUGCACAAGUUCUCCGGCUACGCCGUUUAUCAUAAGCCCAGUCGGUUAUAAGCGCCACGCUUCCUCCCCCACCCCCACCCGUCGAACGGCUGCUCCAAAACGUACAACAACAUCGACAACAACAACAACAACAAAAUCAAGUCCUGCCAGCAACGCGUGUAGCCAGAAGUCUGAUAAUCAAAAAAAAUCCACAAAAAUUUUAAUGAACGGGAACGAAGCGCAUAACCAACGCCAAAUAGCCAACAAAUUUAACAAAUUGGCGCUGCCAGCAGCCGCACAAACAGCCAUAGACUAUACACACUAGCCUCUGUCCCAGAUCUACAGUACCAUAAAUCCGAGCAGAAAAAGCAAAACAACAAUCAAGAACAGCAGCAACAACCACUACAAGAUCAUAAAACCAACUAGCAGUCAUUGAGCGAGUGAGAAAGUGAGCUACUCUACUCCCAACAACUACAAUUCAAGAAUUAAUUAAUCACUAGAGCAAGAAGCAGAACAGCUACAAGAUGGCAACCGUUAAUGUAAAUCGCAGCGUUACCGAUAUCUUCUAUCGCUAUAAGAUGCCGCGGCUCCAGGCCAAGGUCGAGGGCAAGGGCAAUGGCAUUAAAACCGUGCUGGUCAACAUGGCCGAAGUGGCACGCGCCAUUGGUCGCCCGGCCACCUAUCCAACCAAGUAUUUUGGCUGUGAGCUAGGCGCCCAGACUCAAUUUGAUCAUAAGAACGAGCGCUUUAUUGUCAAUGGAUCCCAUGAUGUGAACAAGCUGCAGGAUCUACUCGAUGGCUUCAUUCGCAAAUUUGUUCUUUGCCCAGAGUGUGAUAAUCCAGAAACUAAUCUAACUGUUUCGGCUAAGAAUCAAACCAUUUCGCAAUCAUGCAAAGCCUGCGGCUUUCACGGUCUGCUUAAGGUCAAUCAUAAGGUCAAUACGUAUAUUGUCAAGAAUCCACCGUCGUUGAAUCCGGCCGCCCAGGGCUCGUCGCUAACCGAGGGCAAACGCUCGAAGCGUGUGCAGAAGCAAAAGAAUGAGAACUCCGAUGGUUCCAUGUCCAACAAUUCGAUGGCUAACAAUUCGGGCGGUGAGUCCGAUGGCGGCGGCAAUCAUGCUUGCCAAACCGAGGCGGAAAUAAGCGCCGCCAUACCGGAGAAGUCUAUGGGCGAGGAUGAGGAUGACGGCGGCUGGAGUGUGGAUGUAUCCAAGGAAGCUAUACGUGCACGCUUGCAGGAUCUGACUGAUGGGGCCAAGGGCAUGACCAUUUCGGAUGAUUACGACAAGACCGAAAAGGAGCGCAUUGAUAUCUUCUAUGAGCUGGUCAAGAGCAAGCGUGACAAGAAGCAGCUCGACGAUGUGCCCACGCACAAGGAGCUGUUGAUUGAAGCCGAACGCUUGGAUAUUGUCAACAAGGCACCGCUAGUGCUCGCCGAGCUGCUCUUCACCGAGAACAUCAUCAACGAUGUGCGCAAGAAUCGCAUCUUGUUGUUGCGCUUCACCCACAACAAUCCCAAGGCUCAGCGCUACUUGAUUGGCGGCAUUGAGCAGACGGUGGAGCUGCAUGUCCAGGCGCUCAUGGGCAAGGUGGCCGGCAUCUUUAAGAUCUUCUACGAUUUGGAUAUACUCGAUGAGAAGGUCAUCUUGGACUGGGCUCAGAAGGUGAGCAAGCGUCAUGUGUCCAAGAAGAUUGCCACCGAGAUACAUGAGAAGGUCAAGCCGUUUGUGCAGUGGCUCAAGGAUGCCGAAGAGGAGGAGUCCUCAUCCGAUGACGAUGACGAUGGCGCUGGCGAUUCGGAUGUCGAAAUUGAGUACGAUGAUCGUGCUCGCGUGGAGCCUCUCAAGGUGGCGUCCGUAUCGGCCGUUGUCGCCGGCAUCAAUAAGAAGAACGCCCUGGAUGAUGAGGAGGGCGACGAAAUUGACAUUGAUGAGAUCUAAUAGGCGGCGCAGCUCCGAAUCCACUUGCAUAGGAAGAAUUACAAAACAACAAAAAAACAAAUAAUUCGUUUCUCACACACACACACACACACAUUUUGAUUGUAAUUAAAGUUUUGCAUUAACUCUAACCAUUUUGCAAGAAAAACUAAAAUCCAAUAAACACAAAAUCUUUAAUCUUAAAAGCUGGCAUCCAACAAUAAGCGCAACUUAAUUUCAAACUUCUCAAUUGUAGUGCUACGUGCUCUUUAACACAUUUUAAUUGUUUUCUUUUCAUAUAAAUUUUAAUUAGCUUCCAACAACAACA